UUGAGCAUUUCAGAUGAACCUAGCACACUGAAGUGUGUGUCUUCAUCGUCUUCGUCUUCCUACAAAAGUGACUCUUUUAAAGACAUUCAGAACUCUUUUCCCUCAACGUCUGUGCUUUCCACGUUGACCUUCCCGUCGUCGAACGGUAGUUCGUCGCCGGAUUCAGCACGAAUAGUAGCUGCUACGAGUCCGGCCUCAACGACUGAGGCGCCUGCACUGGCUAUUGUGAAUAAAGAGGAACGCACGCCAUCGCCUGCAUCGUCGUCCUCGGCGGGAAGCGUGUUUCGUUGCGAGUCUCGUGCAAGCUCCAGCAAUGACGGCGAGAUGUUCCGUGUCACUCAGUUGUUCGGACUUGACACACUGCAGGCAACUUAUAUGGAUGUGGCCGUGCUGCGCUGCCUGUUCAUGCGCCACUGGUCGGAGGAAGGCAUCUUCUGGGGACUGAACUACUUUUGCAAACGGCUAUCUGCCAUUUACAGCAAAAUGUCAGUGACGAUCGGUUCUACCUCGUUUAUCCUCAUGAAUGGCGACCUAAAUCUGGAAAUGAUCCUGCGAUCAGUUACAGACGUGUCCAAUCAGCCGAUCAGUUUCCGGGUGUGCGAGGCGUUGCUACUUGUCAUUGACCUUCUGAUGAAUAUGCGUAUUUUGAACAAGACCUGUGAAAGCUCUGAAUCAGCCAAAAACGUUAGACAGAAUUGCGUCACCCUGGAAAUGGCAGCUAAACUUCAGCAGAAACAGGCAGCCAACGCUAGUUCAUGCUUGACAGGCGGGAUUGAGGCGAAAGAGAGCGAGACACAAGUAAAGCGCGAAAAUGAACAGUUCAAUUGGAUUCUGAACGCCGUCGUCAGAAUCUUUAUCAUACUGGGCUGCCAGGAAGGAUGUUCAGAAGAAGUGCACAGUGUGCAGAGUGACCUGCUGCGAAGUAAACUGCGCAACUGCCUGAUAAAGUUAGAAAAAUUUAAUAAAAGGUUAUUCGUCAACGGACUGAACGACUUCGUGGAAAACCAUGAGAUAACAAAACUGGUAGAUUUUGUUCACGCACUAACUGGAUAUUGUGCCUUCGCUAACCAGGCUAAAUCGAAUUCGCGGGCAAUGCAGGAAACUAAAAUUAAAAAUGGCAAGACGACGAAGCCGACCUACAAGAAUCGAUUCAUGGAAUCGGAAAAGGGCAUCGAAGGUUCGGUCAUUGCCGUCAUCAUGAAACCACUGAUCAGCAAGCUGGCAUGCCAUCUCGACGAUCUGAAACAGCCCGAGAACAUGGUAGUAUGCUUUGCCGUCGCUUUAACGUCCAACAGUAUUUGUUGA